CCCCAGUUUCCGCGCGCCUCUCUGGCAGCUGGUCACAUGGUGAGGGUGGGGGUAAGGGGGGCCUCUCUAGCCUGCGGCCUGUGUGUCUAUGGUCAGGCCCGCAGAGUCCAGCUGCCCCGGACACUGCUUGAGUAUAUGGCGUGGCGGCACCCUGCUCCUGGGCACCGAUAACGGGAAGCCCCCGCAGCUCCAGACUCCGGGUGGGGAUUUCUUCUGAUCUGGGAAUGGCUACCUCUCGAUAUGAACCCGUGGCCGAGAUUGGUGUCGGUGCAUACGGGACGGUGUAUAAGGCCCGGGAUCCCCACAGUGGCCACUUUGUGGCUCUUAAAAGUGUGAGAGUCCCCAAUGGAGAAGGUGCUGGAGGGGGCCUGCCUAUCAGCACCGUCCGGGAGGUGGCAUUGCUGAGGCGGCUGGAGGCCUUUGAGCAUCCCAAUGUUGUCCGGCUGAUGGACGUCUGUGCCACCGCCCGGACCGACCGGGAGACCAAAGUGACCCUGGUAUUUGAGCAUGUGGACCAAGACCUGAGAACUUAUCUGGAUAAGGCCCCCCCACCAGGUUUGCCAGUGGAGACCAUCAAGGAUCUGAUGUGCCAGUUUCUGAGAGGACUGGAUUUUCUUCAUGCCAACUGCAUCGUUCACCGAGACCUGAAGCCAGAGAACAUUCUGGUGACAAGUAAUGGAACAGUCAAGCUGGCUGACUUUGGCCUGGCGAGAAUCUAUAGCUACCAGAUGGCACUCACUCCUGUGGUCGUUACACUCUGGUACCGCGCUCCAGAAGUUCUUCUGCAGUCUACAUAUGCAACACCAGUGGACAUGUGGAGUGUUGGCUGUAUCUUCGCCGAGAUGUUCCGUCGAAAGCCUCUCUUCUGUGGAAACUCUGAAGCUGACCAGUUAGGCAAAAUCUUUGACCUCAUCGGGCUGCCCCCAGAAGAAGACUGGCCUCGAGAUGUGUCUCUGCCCCGAGGAGCCUUUUCUCCCAGAGGGCCCCGCCCAGUGCAGUCAGUGGUACCUGAGAUGGAAGAGUCUGGAGCACAACUGCUACUGGAGAUGCUGACUUUUAACCCACACAAGCGGAUCUCUGCCUUCCGAGCCCUGCAGCACCCUUACCUACAAAAUGGAGAAGGUAACCCAGAGUGAGCAAUGGAGAGGCUCCAGCAGAACCAGAAGCCGUCAUUUCCCUUCCUUUGAAUCUGAGAGGAGAAGCCCUCACUGCGGCCAUCUGCCUGAGCUGAGGCGGUGGAAUUCCAUCACCGACUUUUUCACCAGCUUUUUUACAGAGAAUAUUUUGCUGCCUUAAUGACAUUUCCCCCACUCCUCUUUUAGAGGUGUGUCCUUCUGUGCUCUCUUUCCUUUAGAUCAGGGGGGUGUGCCUUGUUUUCCCUUUUCCUACCUGAUAUUGGGGUCCUUUUUUUAUACACGAAAACAAAACAAAACAGA